AUGAUAAAAGACCGUUACUAUAUGAUUUUGAUGCCCAUUGCUUGCUUCAUUCUUCCAACAUUGGCUCCAAUGUAUUUGUGGAACGAAACCUUUGUCGAUGCUUUCUGUAUUAAUAUAUUUAGAUAUAUUCUUACUUUACAUGCCACCUGGUUAGUCAACUCAGCUGCUCAUCUUUAUGGACAUAAACCUUAUGAUAGGUAUAUCAACCCAUCUGAAAACCUGACAGUUUCUCUCCUCGCUCUGGGCGAAGGAUGGCACAACUACCAUCAUACCUUCCCAUGGGACUAUAAAACUUCCGAGUUGGGAAAAUACAGCGUAAACUUAUCCGCUGCCUUCAUUGACUUCUUUGCUAAAAUAGGUUGGGCCUAUGACCUUAAAACAGUCUCACAGGAUAUGGUUAAGAAGAGGGUUCUAAGAACAGGAGAUGGCACCCAUGAAAUUUGGGGAUGGGACGAUAAAGACCAACCCAAGGAAGAUUACAAGGAUGCGCUUAUCACUCACAGAAAAUCUUAAACGAUAGUUCCAGGAAAGUGUAGCUUCAUUAUGUACAUAUAGUGGAUAAGUGCUACUUGAGAGACA